AUGGUUGAAAAUGAGUUACUUUACGAAAAUGAUGUAAGUAAUAGUGGAUUAGAUGGAAAACCAAGAUUACAUUCAUUUUUUAACAAGGAUGGUUUAUUAUUAAGAACUUAUUCUUGGACUGUUAAGAAGGCCAUAGGAAUAUUUUUGUUAAUUCAUGGUUUGAAUGGACAUGUGAGAUUACAAUAUUUAAGGCAGAAUGUUGAAGUAAUUAGUAACGAUAAAGCUAUAUUAAAGGAUCAGGAUAAUUAUUAUGUAUAUAAAGAUAGUUGGAUAGAGAAAUUGAAUGACAAAGGUUAUUCAGUUUAUGGUAUAGAUUUACAAGGUCAUGGUUUGUCAGAGGGAUGGGAGAAUUUAAAGGCGAAUAUAAAUAAUUUUGAUGAUCUUGUAUAUGAUGUAAUUCAAUAUCUUGAAGAAAUUAAUAGAACAGUAUGUUUAGAUUAUGAAAGAAAUAAAUAUUUAAGAGCUAUAAGAGAAAAAAAUACAGAUAUGAAAGCUUUAAAAAAAGAUAAAAUUCCUAUAUAUAUUAUGGGUUUAUCCAUGGGUGGUAAUGUUGUUUUAAGAACAUUAGAAUUAUUAGGAAAGUCAGGUGAUUAUAAAAAUCUUAAUAUAAAAGGAUGUAUAUCCUUAUCUGGUAUGAUUUGUCUUGAGGAGUUAUCAUCAAAAGCUUCAAUGAAAUAUAAAUAUUUCUUAGUUCCUUUUUCAAAGUUUAUAUCUUAUAUUUUUCCAAAAUGUAGAAUUAAUCAAAAUUUUAAUUUUGAAAUGUUCCCAUUUGUUAAUGAUAUUAUUAAUUUUGAUAAACAUAGAUCAAAAAAAUGGAUAACCUUUAAAUUUGGUCAUCAAAUUUUAAGAUCGAUAACAAAUUUACGAAAAGAUAUACAAUAUAUUCCAAAAGAUAUUCCUAUAUUAUUUGUUCAUUCCAUUCACGAUUGUGCAUGUUAUUAUGGAGGUGUUGUAACAUUUUAUGAUCAAUUGGAUAAUGAUAAAAAAGAACUUUAUACAAUUUAUGAUAUGGAUCAUUUAUUAACAAUGGAACCAGGAAAUGAAAAAGUUUUAGAAAAGGUCCUAGAUUGGAUCUCAGGUUCGUUUAAUAAUAAGAGGAGAAGACGAAGAACUUCAUCGUAA